GCUGGGUGCAGAUUUGCAGCUGUGAUGUCAUUUCCUGUCAAGUGACAGCUCUCUCUUACACACUUCCUGUUCGUUUUUGUUGGUGGUUGGGGGGGGCAAAUGUAUUUAUUGUGACGCUGUCGGGUUUUUCCACAAUGCGGUUUGCUCUAUGAUAACACUCGACUGGAAGUUUGGGAUCAUGACUCGUCCCAGCAUCAGCACGCGCAAGUUUCCAUGAGGCUUGAUGGUUGUUUCAAGCAGGAAAAUGUACAUCACUCACAGCUGAUUUGUUGGUAACAAAUGAUGACCAUUGAGGCAAUUCCAUGUUAAUAAAGAUUCUUUAAGACUACCAAGACCACACUCCACCGGACCAGCAUCUUUAAAGAUCAUUUAAGUCCGAAACCUCUACGCAGAAAAUGCCGAUAACGGACCACAGCCCCACCACCGGCAUUGCGACAAUCAUAGUGAUCCUGAUUGCUAUUGCCGCUCUGGGAGCACUGAUCUUAGGCUGCUGGUGCUACUUGCGACUGCAACGCUUGACUCAGUCUGAAGAUGAGGAGAGCAUCGUCGGUGAAGGAGAAACCAAAGAGCCUUUCCUCCUGGUGCAGUACUCGGCCCGUGUUCCUCGGGCGGAUCAUAAGAGCAAACUUGCUCCUACCUGCACUGAGAGCCACAGCUAAUUAAUCUCCAACGUGAUCCAGGAGAGAGCAAAUUUCUUCGUUCUGUAUUGGCAAAACAUAUAGCACUUAUGUUAACGGUUGUAACGAGAAAUGGUUUCGGGCCUGAAUCAGAACAAGGCUAUUGCAUGUAUUUGUCCAGCUGCUUUUAAAGUCUUCUUAGUCUGAAUGUCUUUUUUUGCACUUUGUGGUUAUUCAGUAGAACCCUGUUAUAAUGUGAAACUUUAUUUUUUAUGUACAACUAGCUGACAUUUAUUUAUCUGCUACAUUAUGUCUUUGGGUACACACUUUUUUUCAUUUUUCCAGUUUUAGAAGAAAUCUAGUUUUAGCCAGAGCUGGCUCUGGUGUAGUCACUAUGUGCAAUGAUGGCACAUUUUCGAUGGAAAUUGAUUGUAUAUUAAAUCAACAAUCCAUUAUUGAUUACAUAUUUAGGUUUCGAGAUGUUAUUCCAGCUGGAAAGCUCCAAGUGCAAUCUGCAGGCUAGGUGUUUUUUUUUUUUUUUGCAUGGAAACUAGAUUUGUAUUUCAUUUCUACAGAUCAUGUGAUUUGACACUCAAUGCUGUUGUAACUCUGACCUGCUAAGAAGCCAUCAUGAAUGAAAGCCAGUGACUGGGUCUUAUUGUGUGGAGAUACAACAUAAGGAUCCUCGAGGUGAUUGUUAUGGUGGCUGAGCACGUUUCUGUAUGGAAAUAGAUAAGGUCAUCUGAAGGAUAUCAUUUUUUAUUCAUGUCAUUUACAUUUGUCAUGUGAAAAUGACAAGCAUUAAUUUGUCUGAAGUCAUAAAUUUAUCCAAUUUCCUGUAUGAUUGAAUAAAGUGUGAUUUUUGAUCA